UGCCAAGAUCAGAAGGAAACGAUGGAGCACAUUUUUUGGGAAUGUCCAUGUGCUCAGGUUUGCUGGCAAAAGCUACCGGUAAUUUGUCACUGGAUAGGAGUACGUUGGGCUCAGGAUAAUAUUCCAGCUUUCCUGAUGUACUGCGCUAAGCGAGAAGCUCCAAACCUGUCGAAGGAAACGAAGCAAUGGCUCGCACAGGAACAUCCAGACGACGUCGACGCAUUCACCAACGAGUGGAAGCGCAUCUGGCGCGUCUUGAGCAGCAUUUGGGUCACCCACCUGUGGAUACAACGCAACCCAGCAGUCUACCAGCAUGAAGUGGUGACCAUAGCUGGCAGCGUGCACGAGUUCUGGAAACCAGGGCUACGGCAGCUACGGGCACUCGCAAAGCGGGAAUGCAGGCGAGCAGACUCCAAAAUUCAGGGCACCCGUCUUCUGCUUUGCCUACGCAAAUUAGCAAGACAACCCAGAGAGCCGUCACCAAUGGUGGUAAGCCCCGUACAACCACCGGACCGAUACAAGGCACCGGCGUUGCUAACCAGACGAAAAGUCCGGUUUAACAUUCUAGUACAUGCUUUUACGACUUAA